UCCGUGGAGGCGUGAGCCAGGUCGGAGUGCGGAGCUGCGGCUCUUCCAGUUCUCGUUGGCUGAGAGGCUCCGUCUCGGCGGCCCCUUCUUCCUCCCGCCGCCCCCGCGUCCUCGCCGCCGGCCAUGGAGAACGGGGACGUGUACAACUCCACCACGGAGAACGUCCCGGCGCAGUCGGCCGGCCGGGGGCGCAGCCCCUGCACGUUCUCGCUGGCGCGGCCGACCCGACUGCGAGCCGGCUUGAAGCUGAUGGAGCUGAUGCUGUCUCUGGCAGCCUUUAUCAGUGAAGAGGUCGUGUCCCGCUGCACGAGUUGUGGAGGCCUUUACUUUUUUGAGUUUGUCAGCUGCAGCGCCUUCCUCCUGAGUCUGCUGGUGGUGAUUGUCUAUAGUACCAGUUUGUAUGACAGAGUGGAUGAAACAAAAGUGAAGAAGACGGACUGCUUUCUCACCCCGAUAAUUGGAGUGGUGUUUUUCAUAGCGUCCAUAGUCUUUGCUAUCACCAGUGACAGGACUUCACCUGAAAUUGCUGCGCUUGUAUUUGGAUUUCCAGCAGCCUUUAUGUUCCUAAUCGAUUUUUUUAUACUGAUGUGUGAAAGUCAACAGAGAACUCCAAGGAAAUCUGAAGCCCCCCCAACAACUCUUACCCAGCCACUGAAUGCUUAGGAGAAUGGUGAGAGAAGGCAGAGACCAGAGGAUAAAGAAGCCAAGUGGCGAGUGCUUAUAAAGAUGGAAUUCUACUCUAUUUAGACCAGCUCUCUGUGUCUACUCACUUCUGGGGCUUCAGGGGGAAGGAUGAGACACUUCAUCAAAGGUCUGGCCAGGUCACCUUUUCCCAACUACUGCCAACCUGUGUGCCUUAAUGAAAUUCUUUUUUACUAUUUUUUUCUUUGAAACCCACUGUCCAUCAAGUGAUGAGCCCCUCUGUGAUACUCUGACAAGACCUUUAACUGUUGGCUUCCAGGUGGCACCAUGUGGUCAUCUAAAUGUAUGAAAUGUUCAUCUUAUUGACACUUGCCUUAAUUUGCUUAUGUGAAUAUUUGAGAGAGAUGUAAAAAAAGAAAAACCUAACGUUGUCUUAUUGAAUAAUACUCAAAUUGAAAAGGGAGAAAGUGUUCUACUUUUCAGAUACAGGAGUCUCGCUUUUCUCAUUUUGUAUUUUAACUAGGUGUGAUUGUAGCUCAGCCUGGCUCUGAGGCUGGCUUUCUGACCAUCGUGGCUGCUGCAUUGGGUAUAAGUACUGUUUCUAUCAUUCUGUGAACAAAUACUGUUUCUAACCCUACUGAGUGAGGGGCUAUGUGUAUUUGCAUGAACAUGCUGGCCUAUCAGGUACCUAGAAGGGGGUGGUGUGGGAGAACGGAGUGAGGCAGAGAGACAGAGAGGAGACUUCGGAGGGAGAGGGGGAGGGCCGGCUGCUGGGUUUAUACGUGCAUCACAGUGACUUCCAUCUAGUUGUGACCCUGCACAGGGACAAGGCAACCCGGAAUGGGGGAGCAUUGCCUUCUUUCUUGUGGGCUUGGCUUCUUUCAGGUGAGUCUGGGAUGGUUUUCCUCACUGAGAAAGAACAUGGGUGUGAGCCCCGCUCUGAUGAGACUUCAUUGAAGUUAUCGAAUUGCUCCCUUUCGUUGGAAGAUUGUAUUGUGCUAUGAGAGAAAGGUCUGUGUCAUUAUGGGAUGUUCUGGAGCCUCUUUGGUUUUCUGUAUAAAACUGCUUCUUGUAACCCAUUUUCAUUCAUAUGUAAAUCUUCACUAUAAACAGAGAUUUUUCUUAUUAAUUCCUGUAGAUUCAUUUGUGACCUGUGCUAGGAUGCUUGUACUACUGAUUCCUCACCUGCUCACUGUUGCCUUAGCAUCUGGUAUUUCUUUGUGACAAAGGGACAACGGAACCUGGAGCGUUUGGCCUGCUUGUGCAUGUGCCGUAGCCAGUCACGCUUUUUAUCCCCCUGACAUCACCAUCACACACUGGUUUUCUCCUUGGGCCUUACUAAAGAUCCUGAGUGAGGUGCUGCCUGGUUUGCCGUCCCAGUUCUCACAGACAGCCCCUCAGGAUUGUAAUGGAAUUUAUUAAUUUGAUCAUUGACAAUGCUAUGCUAAGGUUUAGUAAAAAUGCAGCAAUUCAAACAGUUAAAGAAGAGAAUCCAGCUUUCCAGACCAGAGUCCAGAAUCCAGUU